UGUAAAAUUCAAAAUCUUCACUUUUUUAUUAGUUUAAAAUAAAACUUAUGUUUAAAAACAAAUAUUAAAAGGAAAACGUAUUUUUACCCGACUUUAAACAUUAAAUGUCUCGCAAAAGCAUUUGAAAAUGAAUCGGGAUUUUGAAUUAUGGAUGCUUAUGCAAAUUAUUUUUGUCUGCCGACGACUGUACCUAAAGAGUUAUUUAGAAAGAAGACGAUAUUUUAAGUUUCAAACAUGGUGUUUAAAGAAUGUGAUUGUGAGGACGAUAAACGUUCACAAAAAGGUCCCUGAAUUAAAGGCAACUAAAUGAACAAUCGAAAUGAUUUUAUAAUAUUGUUAUUCUAAACGCCAUUGAACCAUAAAUCGGUUAAACGUGACGUUAUUAUUACGAUUUUCGUUAAAUGAAGCAAUGACUUGGUAUAAACUUAAAUCGCUAUCAGUAAACGCAAUACGCAUUUGCAAAUAAUAUAUUAUUUUAGUAAUAAUAAUGAAAAGGUUUUAUUAUUUUUAUAAAAAAAUAAAUUAUAUACAUUACGUAUAUAUUAGUGGAACUGCAAUAAAGUUUUUUAUUUAUUCAUUCAUACUGAGGGUCACAAGGAACACUUGAUAUUCACAUUAUCUUUUGAUAAUACUAACCCUUUUGUUACAGUCAUCUAAAUCAAAAGAAAGAAAAUUAUUUUUUUGAAUUUCUUGACAGUUCUAUAAUGACUUGUUCAGAUAAUAUCGAAAAUGUCAUUUGUAACAACUCUUGCAUACGUUGCCUUUUCUGGUCAAUCGGACAACCCGCUGCGUUAUAUUCGUUAAGACGUAUAUUCAAAGUUAACAUGACCAUCUCGUAUUCGGUAAAAAUUGCGACUGUGGUUUUUUUAUUUCCAUUUAACAUGAAUGUUGUGUUUGCUCUACUAAGUCUUAAGUCAACAGAUGACCGACACACGAUUCCUUAUGAUCAGGAUGUAUUUACCUUAUGUAAAUUAGUCAUUAGUGAAUCUUAUGCUUUGUCUUUAACGAUUUUUAGUGACUUUGAAACAAUUCAAAAUGAUUUCAUUAUACAAGCCAGUUUCGCUCUUAACACCUCAUGGGUUUUCUUUAACAAAUGGUAUAAUAAUAUGAGUAUUGACCAUGCAGGGUUAAUUGCAACUAAUGGAUCCCAACGAAUGAGUUGGCUGUUAACGAACGUCAAUGGCUUGUGGGACUCGGCGGUAUAUUAUGUUUGGCUGAUACCUACAGCUAAUGAUUCAGUUGCUACAGAAUUGUUUCAACUUGCUUGGACGCGCCAUUCAAUGAUCAACGUGGUACUGUUAACUUUUUCUGCGGUAUACACUUACAAUCCUUUCUCUCAAACGUUGACCCAAUACUGUUCGGUUGAUAAACACGCAUUAAAAAAAGACUUCAAAACAAAGAUAAAAAACUUACACAGAUAUCCAGUGCGCAUAAGCAUGUUUCCAACUAAAUUGAAAGCAAUCGCCCAAUCAGAUGGCACAUAUAGGGGUUAUGAUGGAUUUUCUCUAUCUAUUUUAUCUAAACGCAUGAAUUUUACACCGGUCAUAUCAAAGCCAAGAGAUGGUAAAUUUUAUGGAUGGAUGGAACCUAAUGGAACUUAUACCGGAGCUUUGGCUGAUAUAGUGAAUGGUGUGGCUGAUAUAGCUUUUAAUGGAGUACUUCUUAUGGAUUACAGUACCAAUGCUAACGUCCAAUUUACGACAGUAGUACAAUAUGAAGAGUUAUGCUUUGUAGUUCCUAAGGCGGGUAAAAUGAGUCAAUGGAGAGCAAUAUUUACAGCUUUUCAAGCACAACUUUGGUGUUUGCUUGCUGUCUCUUAUUUUAUGUCCAUAGUAGCAUGGAGUCUUAUUAAACGAACAACGGAUAUGCCGUAUACUACCAUGGGACUAGCAAUCAACCUGUUUCAAGUGUUCCUAAUGGUCCCUUUACACAGAAUGCCAAACAAUGUUCCUGAACGGUUAAUAGUUAUUUCAGCUGUGGUAUUUGGUUUCAUCACGUCUACUAGUCUCCAAGCAGUAAUGGUAAAAUAUAUAAGCAUUCCUAAAUACGAGAAAAAUAUAAACACUGUUCAAGAAGUGUAUGACACUGGACUCCCUAUUUUAUCAUCUUCCAAAAGUUUGGCCAACAUGUUCAAAAAUACAACAAACGAAUAUAUAUAUGAUGAGAUGUAUGAUCGAUUUAUACUUAAACAGAAAUCGAUUAAUGUAGAUAUUCUUGGGGAAGUAUCCAAUAAAAAAAAUUACAUAGCAAUAGGCCGCAAAAGAGAUCUGUUGGAAAAAAUGACUGAAUACAAGGAAAAUAAUGAAGUUAUUCUACAUAUAGUCGAAGAAUGUCCGUGGUCGCUGUACAUUUCUUAUUUGAUUAGUCGUCAAGCUGUUUAUCGGAAAACGGUAGAUGAGCUUAUAGCGAAAUUAUUCGAGGGCGGUAUUAUCGAUAGUUGGUUUAUGCAUGCUGUUAAAAUACCGACAAUAUCAGAACCUCACCGUAUAGUGAAUAAAAAUAAAGUGUUCACGAUGGAAAACGUUGUAAUUGCAUUUAAUUGCCUUGUAGUGGGUCAAAUAGCUAGUUCUGUAAUAUUUCUUUUAGAACUCGUUUACUUUUACAGAUUUAAGCAUUCGAAAACUAUAUCCACAACUACUCUCAUUCGAUACCCUAGGCGACCGUUAGUAGUGAAAAAGUUUUGAAUACUAUCGACCAUGUUUGCAGUACAUUUCCACACCAAAAAAAAUUAACUUAUUUAAAAUAUUUGUUUCAUCUAUAGAAUAUUAGCAUUUAAUAAUAAAUUCCUUUUAACACCAUAUAGUUUUAAUUAACUUAGUACAGAUAAAAGAAAAUUAAUUAAACACAUUUGUUAAUUAAUAAACAUGCUACUUUAAAGCAUAAAUGCAAUAUAUAGAGUGUGCAAUAUGUAAGGAAACAGAUCAAUUGUUACAAAAAAUGAAAACAAUAGAAAUCGUUUCCUCACUUUCUAAACACACUGUAUAAAUGGAUAAAACGUAUCUUUCACAUUUUUUAUGAGAUUCAAACCCAUUAUAAUUUUAUCAUCUACUAAAAGAUGUAUGGAAAAUACAUUUCGCUUCGGAAUAAUUUGCUAUGUGCAAAACAUUUUAUGUGAAUUGUAAGGGUGAAAUUGAUGAAUUCUCUCUUUU